AUGGAUUCAAACAACUCCAGCUGCUCACCUCAAACUAAGUAUAAUCUGGUACAAGUGAAGGGAACAUGGAUUCGACAAAUGGAGCAGCACCAGGUGCAAGAGGGAAAAUUAUCAGAUGCCAAAAUCUAUGAGACCAAGUUAGAACAUGGAGUUUCCUGGACAGUGAUCAGCCCCAUUGUGUUCACCUACAGAGUCCUUCAAUGCAAAAACAUACUAGACCCCAGGAAUGACACACUCCUCUGGGGCCAUAUAGGAGAUGAAGAACCGAAAGGCACCUUAAGUAACUCUAAACCUGUAAAGCGUUUUGUCGUCAUUGAUGCAACUGUACAUGAAUUAUAUGGCUCCCAGGUUUCCCAGUACUUUGAGGCCAGAGAAGUUGUGCACAGGAUCCUCCCUCUGCCCACCACUGAAGAAAACAAGUGCAUGGAGUUAGUGACCAAGAUCCUGGAGGAAGUUCAUGCGUUUGGUAUUGACAGGCGCUCUGAGCCCAUCAUUGCCAUAGGAGGCGGGGUCUGUCUGGAUGUGGUUGGUCUGGCGGCCUCUCUCUACCGCAGAAGGACUCCAUACAUUCGAGUGCCGACCACUUUACUGUCGUAUGUUGAUGCCAGCGUGGGGGCAAAAACAGGGGUCAACUUUGCUGGUGGGAAAAACAAGCUGGGAAGCUACAUCCCACCAGUGGCAACUUUCUUAGAUUGCUCCUUCUUCCAAACACUCCCCAAACGACAGAUCUCUAAUGGGUUGGCAGAAAUGCUAAAGAUGGCCCUGAUGAAGCACCGUGGUCUAUUUCAGCUGCUGGAAGCUGAUGGCAGGAAGCUGCUGCAUGCCAAGCUUCAAUGUGCGACAGGCAACAGCAUUGAAAAGGAAGACAGCGCAUCAGCAUCCAUCCGCAUCGCUAUAGAAACCAUGCUGGAGGAACUGGCCCCUAAUCUUUGGGAGGAUGACUUGGACCGCCUGGUGGAUUUUGGUCACCUUAUCAGCCCUGAGUUAGAAAUGAGAGUAUUACCGGCACUGCUUCACGGGGAGGCGGUCAACAUCGACAUGUCCUUCAUGGUCUAUGUGGCCCACCAAAAGGGGCUUCUGACAGCAGAGGAGAAGGACCGCAUCAUCCAGUGCAUGUUGGGUCUGGACCUGCCUGUGUGGCACCAGGACUGCACCCUGACCCUGGUGCAGAAAUCUCUCAAGGAGCGUCUGAAACACUCAGCUGGCUCUGUGAGGAUGCCUCUGCCCACAGGACUGGGCACUGCAGAAAUCUUCCAUGACAUGAUUGAAGAUAAUGUCCUUUGCCAAGCUUUCCAAAAAUGGACCACUGAGCUUUCUUCUUCUGGGGACAAAUAAAGGAAAAACAUUUUAUGCAUGGAUAUUACACUCAUUAUAAAUGACAACUGCAAAACUGCUGCUAAAUCUGUUUAAUUGUUUAGUGCAGGUGUCUGCAACCUUUACAAUCCAAAGAGCCAUUUUUUCCCUCAGCCCUGCUAAAUAAAACUGGUUUAGAGCCGCAAAUGUUAUAAUACUAUGUGAAAAAAGACAACUUUAUAAUUGUUG